ACUCCGUCUUUUAUUCUACCAACCAAACCAAUUUUUGUCGUCCUCGGUUUGGAAAUUUUUGUGCGCAUUUAUUUUCCACAAGUACGUUUUUCUUUCAUCAUCAUCAUUAUCAUGGGUGGAAAAACAAAACAAGUACAGCGUACAAAAAACAAUGCCAAGCCAUCAAAUAGUGGCCGAAGUGCCGAACUCUUGGGCACAUCCGUGCCAGCAUUUGUGGGUUUCUCGGCGCACUCUGAUCUUGGGAUGAUACCAUUUGCACCGGGAUUCACAACUAGUGACAAGUUACCCGAAACUUUUGAUUCAAGCAUAAGCAGUCAAUUUCAAUUGGUCUUACGCAAAAUGUCCAAGAAAGACCCCAUCACCAAAGUGAAAGCCCUACAAGAAUUCACCGAGCUACUCACUGAGUCUGAUGUUGAUGUUGUCAAGGGUAUAUUGCCCUUGUGGCCUAAAUUCUAUCACAAUUUAGCCAACGACGUCGACCACAGGGUACGUGAGAGUGCACAAAAUGUUCAAAACUUGAUUGUGUCGAAGUGUAGGAAGGCCGUGGCACCAUAUCUCAAGCAAUUGACACCUGUAUGGCUGAGCAGCCAAUUCGAUAAUUAUCCACCGGCUGCAAGUGUGGCAGCUUCUAGCUUCCAAACAGUUUUUGCUCCCAAUAAACUGCAGGAAGUUUGUUUAUUCUGCCAGCAAGAAAUACUCGAGUAUGUUGUUCGGAAUUUGACCUUCUACACAGCUUCAACUUUGUCCAGUGCCAAAUCGUGCACUCCAGAAGAUGCAGAAAACAAGUAUCAACGAAUUGUCGCUUGUAGUCUUAAGCUCUUAUCGUUUUUCCUCGAGAAAACAUCUGGUUGUGAUUUAUCUGCGAGUAUCGAAAAAAUCCAGAAUCUCUUGGCUCACCAAAAGUUCUGGAGUUUUGCCAAACAUAAAACUGCUCACAUCAAAUCAGCAUGGUUCGAGCUUCUUUAUAAUGUUCUCCAGUUUCAUCCGCAAUUGACAAACGAUAUCAAAGGACAACUUAUUCCCAUGUGCUUCCAGAAUUUAGACGAUAGCGAUCCACUGAUUGUGCCACAUGUGUGGGGUUGUAUAUUGCUUCUGCAAAACACUUAUGAUGACUGGUACAAAUCGAUAAAUUUCAAAAAGAACGUCCAGCCCAAAUUAUCAACGUUCCUGCGUAAUGCAUGUGAUGGCAACACAGAAUCAGUCUGUCCCAAUUUGUUGCCUUUCUUGUCGAAAAUAACUCAAGAAAGUCUUCAAGACGUAGAUCUUAACGAAUUCCAUAAGACUUUCUUUAGCGACAUGAAAGAGGCAAUCACCUCGGCCAAAGUGAUUUCCAAAUCAGAUUGUUCAUCGAUAACUGCUGCUUACUACGAAUGCAUUCGUUUUAUUCUGCAAAGACUCAAUUCAAAUGCAUCGACCUCUGAGACAGAACCUACAAGUCCAAUGCCACAACAUAUUCUGGAUGAAUUUGUAAACAAUCCAAUUCGAUGGGCCUGUGCCAAUCAAGCAAUCGCUGUGAAAUACAUCUUUCUUCACACAUCAGCAUUGGUUGCUUAUUGGGCAGAUAAUUCGAGUUCUCAGCUAUACACAAAACUCCUGCAAGGAUUCUGGUCGAGUCUGUCGGAUGAAAUAGGCAGUAAACAUUUGAGUGAGCUUCAUGUGGAGAAUACCAUUAGUCUGAUAAAUAAUCUGUUUUGGGCCAAUCCACCUCUACAAAGUCACAAGGUCAAAUUCGCCGCUAACGAUGAGGACGAUGAAGACGCCGUGGACGGAAAAAACCGACCCAAAUCCAAAGCUGCACCUCCCUAUGUUCAAAAGGAACUGAGAGAGCUGGCUGUGAGGUUAGUCCGUUUGUGUUUGGCAAACAUGUCGAAACAGAAUACCUUGCAAUUCGAAGCGCAAAUAAGAAGCAUAACCAAGCUCUACCGAGAUGCCCAGUUCUAUGCUGAAAUCUCGGAAGAGAAUACAAUUGAAGAGACGUUAAAUACUUUUGCUGGUCUCCUAACUGGCGGCUCACCUGCACCACCUUCCGAGGUUAUUGUGGAAAUAGUUUUCGAAAUACUUAACUACUUGGAGACGGAUAAAAAACUGCAAUUCAUUAAUAAACUUUUGCAGACAAACAAGCCAGCCCUUCAACAAUGUGUGCUGCAACGGCUACUAUCUUACCCGAUGUGUGUUGAGCCUGAAGUGAGACAAAUGCUCUCCCAGGAACAUAUAAUCCAAAUAAUUCUACAAACUGCCAACGAAGUGCUAAUUGACGACUCCAAAGACAAAUUCAAUCUCCUUCAUAAAUGUUUCUUUCAAACUGAUUCGGGUGAUAUUUUGAUAAAUCAAAAAACUGUUGUUGGAAUUCUAGAUAUCAUCUCAAAACCUCUAACCAAUUCCAAAGGUUUCGAAACAAUGAUCGAUCCUUGUUGUAGUUUCAUUGCACAAAUAAUGCCAGUUGUUUGUUCGAAAAACUCCACAGAGAAAGCUCAAAAGGAUAUUUUCUUGAAACUUUUCAAAUUCACAAUUGAUCAAGUGAAGAGCGAUGAUUUGUCCGAGGACACUCUGUGGGAAAUAACAACCUGCUGGCAGGAUGCUCUUUCCAGUGAAGACAUUGUCAUGGACGACACUUUGCUGAAGAACUGUACGAAUAGUAUAUCGAAUCGUUUGACGUCGGAAAUGACGUGCAGUGAGAUUCAUAAUGUUGCCGAUCUAACAGCUUCGCUUAUACUCUGCUCGACGGAGAAUAUCGAUGAUGUGGACAAACGUCAUGAAAUAAUCGAUUCGUAUUUUGAGGUUCUCUUUAAGCCUGACAGUGAAUGUUUUGAUGAGAUUUCCGGGAACGUUGACAGGUUCUGUACAUAUCUUGAGGCUAUGAAUGGCAAGAUUGCUGUUCGGGAAUUGGCAGAUGAUGCUUGCAAAGAUGUUGAAUUUAGCAAGUUCUUCAAGCGAAAUCUGCUAAAUGUGACAGCUCUAAUGAAGAUGGUGUGUGGUGCCAAGGUUUUCCGAGUAGACAACAAACCGACAGACGAUGAGGAAUGUACCGAGGACUAUUGCGAUCCAAAUGAGACUCUAUUAAAGAAAUGGACCGAUAAAAUGUAUGACAUCACUUUGGAGCUUAUGAAAGUUGCAGCACAAGCUGAGUCGUUAGUUUCGAACUUUUUAAAAAUAAAUAGUGACCAAAUGGUUAUUAUGUUAGAAUUCUCAGAGAAAGUUAAACUUCUACUCCAAGGUCUCGGCGCGGAGCCGGCGGGACAAAUUAAAGAUCGUCUUUUGAAGGAUGCUGCAUUCAAUGAUGUUGCUGCAACAAGAGCUAUUCCAUUUUUGACAAGCUUAUAUCCCUAUGCUGGAUUUGAAGAGAGCGCUUUGAUUUUAGUGUUGGAUGAACUUACCGAAUACCUAAUCACAAGAGAGUCCCUUGCCACUUAUGUCAAUUUGUUGCAGUUCACAUUACCAGAUCUGACACCUAAGGUAAUAAAUCAAGAUAACCCAAUUAUCCAAAGAAGCGCCGAUGUCUGGCACAAGUGCGUAAUUCUUCAGUUGUUGAUCAAAAACAACUUCAAUCAACAAACCAAUGAGAUUUCGGACAGACAUAUUAUAGCUCUUGCUUUAAAUUACAUAACUGAGGUUUCAGAGAAUCAAAAGAAGAUCAAUAAGGAGCUUCUUCUUUAUAAUACUGAUGUAGCUAAGCAAGAUUUCGUAACAACAACACGAACUGUUGAGUAUAUAAAUCUUUUGAUAGAAGUUUUGGAAAGGUUUCCCUAUGAGUUGACAAUCAAAACUUGGGAUGCCAUUAGACUUGGAUUAAGUUCGUGGGUCUUAAGUGUUUCUAAGAGUAUAGAGAACUACAGAAAUUCAAAAGUUUCAAUAUUUGUGGCUGCAGUUUUUAAACUACAUAAAGCAUUUGCUGAUUUUAUAAAAGCUGAAAAAACAAAAAGUUCCACAGAGGUGCUUUCGAAUGUGAUAGACGAAUGGGAGAAUCUAUUUUCACCUGAAGUUAAUGUUGUGCUAUUUAAAAGCUUUUACAAUUUUGUCUCGUUAUAUGGGAAAGAUUCUGAUAAAUAUUCUUCAUGCUACUUAACAAUGCUCAAUGAAAUUGCCGCAUCUGUUCAAAGUCUUGACUAUGCUGUUGUUUAUAAUUCAAGUAAAAACAACCAGAAAAUUACUUUGCAAGAUCUUAUUGGUUUUCUGUUGGGAAAUAUUUCUUCAUCAAUUUACAGUCUUCGCAUAACUUCUGUGCAUAUUCUUAAUGACCUGUCGAAAUUCUUUAUUGCCAAUGACAAGGAUAUUUAUGACAAAACAACGGACCUCCUGGACACGAAAGCUCGAGAGAGUAGUACAAUGGCUCCUUGGCAUUUCUUAAGUAGAUUUAAGGAGCAUUUGGAAUUAUAUGAAGCUGCAAUUGUUAAAUAUUUGGAUGAGUUCAGUUUCAAAUUGACUGAAUUAUCUGAUUUGAAACCGAUCGAUAGAGACGAGGCUCUUUCGUAUCUGUUUCUCUGGGACUGUGUUUUGCAUGUUUGUGCAAAUGCCCCAGUCGAGUUAAGAUCUGUGUAUACGUCGUGGCUGACGGAAAACAAAUUUGAUCAGAAAUUCCUUCAUUUUCUAUUCCGUGCAAUGCCAGUUGAGAUUUUAAAGAAUCACGAUUCAAAGCUUAUGAAUAAUGAACUCUUUAAGUACGUUAACUGGAAGAAAACUAAAAAUGAAAAUUUACAAAUUGACAAGUUUGUUUGUCAUCUGUACUCUAUGGCAUUAAGUAAACUACCAGCAGUUGUGCGUAAAUGGUGGAAUGGGUCUUAUUCGCGACAGAAGGUAUUUGUCGAUAAGCUUACAACGAAUUUCGUUUCUGAAAUUAUAUGUCACGAAGAGCUAUCAACUCUGGGGAAGAUGAACGACAAAGAUAAACAUAAUAAUAUGCAGGUUAACGUUCAUACAUCAACGCGUGAAGUUAAUGCUGUUUAUGUUAUUGAUGAAGCUCGAAUGGAACUUAUUAUAACAUUGGCUACCAACUAUCCUUUGGGUGGUGUUAAAGUUGAAAGUGGUAAACAAAUUGGUGGUCGAGCUUCAUCGAGAAAUAUUGCAAUGCAACUUACAAUAUUUCUCACUCACCAGAAUGGAUCAAUUUUCGAUGGACUUUCCCUUUGGAAAAAUAAUUUAGACAAAAAGUUCGAAGGUGUUGAAGAGUGCUAUGUUUGCUAUACGGUUAUACACCAAGAUACCUGUCAAUUACCUAAAUUAUCUUGUAAAACUUGUCGAAAAAAGUUCCACAGUCCAUGUUUGUACAAGUGGUUUACAACGAGCAGCAAAUCAACAUGCCCCAUUUGCCGAAAUAUCUUUUAAACAUCUGUACAGCCUUUCCCUAUGUGCUAUUUGAUUUUAUUUCAAUAAAUGGUAAAUUUAAUAAUUACAAAUAA